AUGCAAUUGAAGGAUGAUUCUGCUGGGGGUACAGUUGAAUUAGUUGAUAUCGGACCUACUGUUAAGGCAGCUGCUAAUUCGCAGAUGGACGCGGCAGUAGUUGCAUUAUCUCGAGACCUCCAGAAAUUAAGAUCUGGAAGGGCAUCUGCAGGAAUGCUUGAUCACAUCAUUGUUGAAACUAAUGGUGUAAAGCUGCCCUUAAAUCGAUUAGCUGUUGUUUCUGUCAUGGAUGCUAAAACCUUAUCCGUGAAUCCAUAUGAUCCAAAUACCCUCAAGCAGCUAGAGAACGCCAUUGUUUCAUCUCCAUUGGGAUUAAAUCCUAAAGCGGAUGGUGAACGAUUGAUUGCAUCUAUACCACCAUUAACCAAAGAGCAUGUCCAGGCUAUGUGUAAGGUGGUUGCCAAGUCUUGUGAAGAUGUUAAACAAAGUGUAAGAAGGGCUCGCCAAAAGGCAAUGGAUACAAUAAAAAAAGCAGGUUCGAGUUUCCCCAAGGAUGAUGCCAAGAAACUAGAGAAAGAGAUUGAUGAGAUGACGAAAAAGUUUGUCAAGUCAGUAGAGGAUAUGUGUAAAAAAAAGGAAAACGAAAUUAAGGCCGGUUGA